GUGUCCUUUGAAGAAUUGAAGACCUUUCUUAGCGCCAUUUUGUUGCUUAAUAUUAAUUUAUAUUUUCCUCGGUUUUUACGUAGCAUUUAAACAUUGUAAUAAACACUUCUGUUGUGAAAUUACUUCUUCUAUUCAAUGAUGAUGGAUAAUCAGAUGGAAAAGGAACGGGAUCGUUCGAAGCGCGGCGACCGGCCUUCCAGGUUCUCCGACGCCACAAGAGAUCGGUCGAAUGACCGAGGCGACAGGUCCGAAGGGAAAAGGUUAUUCGUAUCGAACAUUCCUUACGAGUUCCGGUGGACUGAGCUGAAAGACUUGUUCAAAGAAAAGGUUGGAGAUGUAGCAUUUGUAGAAUUGUUCAAUGAUGAAAACGGGAAGCCAAGAGGCUGUGGUAUUGUGGAGUUUACAAACACAGAAGCUACAAAGAAAGCUCUACAUGUUAUGCAUAGAUAUCAGCUUGGUGGAAGGAAAUUAGUUUUGAAAGAAGUAACUGGAAAUGAAAAAAUGAAGUUCCACCAGCCAAGAACGGGUGGUGCUGGCGGUGGUGGUAACAGGAACAUGAGAGAUGAGAAAGAUAUGGGGUGGAAUAUGAACAAACCAAGAGAACCAGAGAACUUCAAUACCUAUGGACUAAGUCUUGCAUUUUUAGAAUCUAUCAAUGUCCAGCCUCCACUUGUGAAUAAGGUGUUUGUGGCUAAUCUUGAUUACAAAGCAGAUAGAGCCAAAAUAAAGGAGGUGUUCAAAAUGGCGGGAAAGAUUCACCAUGUCGACUUGGCAGUGGACAAAGACGGAAACAGCAGAGGGUUUGCUGUGAUAGAGUAUGAUCAUCCGGUAGAAGCUGUACAGGCAAUCUCUAUGUUUGACAAACAAAUGCUGUACGAACGUAGAAUGACUGUCCGCAUGGAUAGAGGUAGCUCAGACAAGUUCGAAUUAAGACUUCCAGAUGGAUUAAAGAGUAUUGGUGUAGGAUUGGGCCCCAACGGUGAACCUUUGAGAGAUGUGGCUAGGAAUUUACCACAAAACACAACACCGAAUAACAUUAAUCUCGCAAAUACCGCUCCAUCGUUAGGCGCUGGUGUUUUAGGAGCGAUGCCUACAGCGAGUGUCGCUCUCAAUGGACUGGGCACCACUUUAGCAGCUAACCCACUAGCCGCUAACACAGGUCUUACCGGAAAUUUGGGACUACAGGCUCUUGGCUUGAGCAGCUUAGGAGCGUUACAGAAUCAACUGUUGCAACAAGGCCUGACUGCUAACGAUCUUGCGACAAUGCUCACACAAGCUCAGGCGGCCAACGUUACAUCAAAUAAUCUAUCUCUAAACACCAAUGACUUGAGCUCAUCUGUGCUCGGCAACAGUGGAAUGGGCAAUAAUGUUAUGGGCAGCUCAUCAAUGAACAACAUGAAUAGUGGACCCCUCUCAAAUUCUAACCGUUCAAUGGGUGGUGCGCUGUCGAACCAGUCUUAUGGCCGCGAGCAAGCCGUCCCACCUAGUUCUAGGGAUAAACCAUCAGACAUGGUCAUAAUUACCAAUUUGCCUUCGACUGUGACUUGGCAGUUGAUUCGCGAGAAGUUCAGUGAGUGCGGAGACGUGAAGUAUGCGGAAGUGACUGCCCCGGACACCGCAGUGGUACGCUUCCACAAGGAGUGGGACGCGGAACGAGCUAUCAAAAUGUUUGACAGGACUCGUAUUGACGGCAGAACUAUCGACGUGCGCUAUUUCUAAGGAUAUGAUGUGGAUUGUAUCGAAGUCGGUUUUGGUCGGAAGCUAUUCAUCGUAUUUGUCACAGCUGCUGCGUAACGUAUUUUUAAUAUCGUCCUUCUUUGACUUAUAACUUUGAUAUGUAUUAGGUUAGGAUUAAUAUAAAUUAAGUUUUUGAUUCACCGUCGGUAAAAUAUUCUGUAUCCACUAGGUAGUGCAGCGUAGAAUGUUGGAAGUUCAAAUCUUCUUAAUACCGGUCUUCUUUUCUCAUUUUUAUGUUAUUGCUAGACGUUUUCCGUACCAGUACAUAGAAAGAGAUUUUUUAUGACGUGGAUUAUUCGCAGGUGUUAAAGAAUGUAGAGACACAUUUUAUGCUAAUAUUAUCUGAAUAAAUAUGAAUAAAGUAAUAUGAAGUGAGUUUGGCGUA